CAAUGUCUUCGAUUCAUUUAGAAACAUUGUACUAUAAAGAAAUUUCAUUUUUUUCUUUAUAUAUAGGGAAAUUUCAUUCCCUAUAUAUAAAGAAAUUUCAUAUAUAGGGAAUAUCAUCAAGAGACAUUUUAAUAUAAGAAAAUCUUAUAUAAAGAGAAUAAUAUCACCAAAACUUAAUCAUCAAAGAUAGAUAGAGGUCUAAAAGAAAGAGAGAUAUAGAGCUUAAGAAUUUCAUCGGCGGAGAGAUGAGCAUCAGUGCGUCAUAUCCACCGGCUUUCCAGCGUGCGAUCAACAACGGAGACCAGACGGAGAUUGAACCGGCUCUUGAUCAGGACAAGGAUAUUCAUAUCCCCGUUAUCGAUUUGGAACGUUUGGACAAGCAGAUACUAACCGAGGCAUGCAAGGACUGGGGGAUUUUCCGUCUGGAGAAUCACGGAGUACCGUUGGAGUUGACGUCACAGCUUCAGCAGAUCUCGGAAUCGUUGCUAAGUCUACCGUUUGAGGAAAAACGGGAGUUGUUCGCCUCCGUUAACUCUCCGUUAUCGUAUUUCUGGGGAACACCUGCUCUAAACCGUUCGGGAGAUGCACUCAAGAGAGGAGGAACUCAAGCUUCAAACGUGAAAAUGCUAGAGGGUUUCAACGUCCCUCUCUCGAAGCUUCCAGUUUCUACUUGCGAUGAUGGUGUUCAACAUUCAAAACUAGAGCCUUUCAGAGUGUUGCUAGAGGAAUAUGGAAGGCAUAUAACUAGAAUUGCAGUAUCCUUGUUUGAAGCUAUAGCACAAACACUAAACCUAGAAUUAACCGGUGACCGGAGAUCAGAACUCUUAUCGGAGUCAACAGGGCUCAUACGAGUUUACCGGUAUCCUCAGAGCUCCUCUGUCGAGGCAGAAGGAGAAGCUCUUGGAAUGGAAGUCCACACGGAUAGUUCAGUUAUCUCAAUACUAAAAGAAGAUGAAACCGGAGGGCUUGAGAUCAUGAAAGGUGAAGAAUGGUUGCGUGUAAAACCUGUUGCUGAUACUCUCAUCAUCAAUCUAGGAGAUAUGAUGCAGGCUAUAAGCGACGAUGAGUACAAGAGUGUGAAGCAUAGAGUGAAGAAGAAGGAUAGGACGAGAGAGAGACACUCGGUGUGUUAUUUUGUGUUCCCGCAGAGAGAUUGUGUGAUAAAGUCAUCAAACUAUAAGCCAUUCACGUACUCAGAGUUUGAAGCUCAAGUUCAGGCGGAUAUUCAGUCUCUCGGGACCAAGGUCGGCCUUCAUAGAUUUAGCCCUAAAUCUCCACUCUUUCUCUAAUCGUGUUGGCAAAUUAGUUCAGUAUCUAAUGGUUGAACAAACAUUAGAUACCAGUCUUGUCCCAUUUUAUCAUCAUGUGGUGUAGUGGGCCAACUAGAGGUGUGGGAUCCGGUUUACUUUGACUCGUGUUUCAUAGUUUUUUUUUUUGAACACAUAUCAGUUUCAUAGAUAUUUGAUACCAUUCUAUUUCUAUGCAUAUUUUGGGAUUGGUUUGGUUUUA